UUAGCUUCUUUACCCCCCUGGUGGAGAUUAUUGCAAUGUCUUAGAAGAUAUAGAGAUUCUGAUGAAUUAGUGCAUCUCUUUAAUGCUGCUAAAUAUACAAGCAGUAUCAUGGUUGCCAUUAUCACUGGUCUAAGACGAAUGCAUCGUAAAUUGCACAUAUACCAUAUUAUAUUAUAUAUUUAUCUUUCUUUUUUUUUAAAAAAUGAUAUAGCUUCAUCCUUUAUAACUGCACUUUGGAUAAUACUAUGUUUAAUUAACUCGACCUAUACUUCUUUUUGGGACAUAAAGAUGGACUGGGGUUUAAUGAAAGUAGAUAGUAAAUAUGCUUUAUUACGAAAUGAACUUGUAUUUCAUAAAUGGGUUUACUAUGUAGCUGUUCCCAUCAAUAUCAUCCUUCGUUUUUCUUGGACACUCAACAUCAUUCCUUUACCUGUUAACAGUCUAUUAUUAGGCUUUCUUAUUGCUCUUUUAGAGGCUUAUCGUAGAAUUCAAUGGAAUUUUUUUCGGCUUGAAAAUGAGCAUCUUAAUAAUUGUGGUCAAUAUCGAGCCAUAAAAGAAAUUCCCCUGCCAUUC